AUGGCGUCGAUCCUCCGGCAGAUUGUAGCCGGGCCCAGGUUACAGCAUCCAGAAGCGAAUUUAGAUCUCUGCUACGUCACAGAUAACGUUAUCGCAACGUCCGGCCCGUCGUCCAAUUAUCCGCAGCGCGCAUAUCGAAACCCGCUCGAUGAACUGGUGAAUUUCCUCGACGCCAAACAUGGUGAGAAUUGGUGCAUUUGGGAGUUUCGCGCCGAGGGCACGGGGUAUCCCGAUGAGGAGGUCUACGGGCGCAUUCACCACUAUCCGUUCCCGGAUCAUCAUCCGCCGCCGUUUGCGCUUAUUCCGGCCAUGAUGGGGAGUAUGAAGAAUUGGCUGCAGCGGUUGGAUGAGCCGGAGAAAAGUUGGGGUCAGGAUAAAGGGGCCGAUGAUGAGAAGAAAGGGAAGAGAGUGGUGGUGGUGCAUUGCAAGGCGGGGAAAGGGCGCAGCGGUACCGUCGCUUGCAGCUAUUUGAUCAGCCAGGAGGGGUGGAAGAUCGAGGAUGCGUUGCAGCGUUUCACGGAGAGGCGCAUGCGCGCGGGAUUCGGGCAUGGUGUGAGCAUCCCAAGUCAGCUGCGCUGGGUGCGUUAUGUGGAUCGCUGGGCGAACCAGAUGGAUCGGAAGUACGUCGAGCGACCGGUGGAGAUCCUCGAGGUGCAUGUGUGGGGACUGAGAGAUGGCGUCAAGGUCGCGGUGGAAGGCUACAUUGACGAAGGCAAGAAGAUCAAGAACUUCCAUCUGUUCCACCGCAACGAACGCACCGUCGUCGACAACGGCAAGAAGACGGCGUCCGAGAAGGACGACGACAAGGCCAAGUCUGGCACCAACAGCGAACCUCAGUCAGCUGUCACAGAAUCAUCUGCCUGGUCGAGUCAGACAGCCCCGUCCUCGUCAUCCGAAGAUUCAAGCACAUCCUCAAAACACACAAGAACGGUCAUCUUCCGUCCCAGCAAACCGGUCAUCGUCCCCACCAGCGAUGUAAACAUCGACUUCGAACGACGCAGCAAAGCCGCCUACACCGGCUGGGCCAUGGUGACCUCGAUCGCCCACGUCUGGUUCAACACGUACUUCGAAGGCGGCGACAAGGAAGACUCGGGCGUGUUCGAGAUCGAAUGGGACGCGAUGGACGGAAUCAAAGGCACCAGCAAGAAAGGCACGCGAGCACUCGACCGACUCAAGGUUGUCUGGCGCUACCCGACGCCCUCGCAGCUCGGCAUCCCCAGACCGACCAAGGAAAGCACCUCCCCCAUCUCCGGCCAAACGAUCACGGAGCCCAAACCCGGCGAGACCGCGCCCGAAAGCAGCCCGGCUGACUGGCGCGGCCAAGAAACAGGCAAAGACAGCGCCCACACCAUCCGCAACCAGGAAAACAUCCCCGUCCACCUCGAGCCCGCCCGAGAGGGCGACCAGCCCAGGGGCGGAAGCGAGGGCGAAGGAGCAGAAUCCCACUCCAACAACCAGUCCUACCUCUGGGCCAUCACAGCCACCGCCGCCAGCGCGGCCACCACGGCCGCACACUCGAUCCAAGAACUAGGCAAGGAACUCGGCCUGCGGCAGCAAACCGCCGAAAGCCAAGAUGUCAGUCUUGCCGAAAGCGACGACAACUCGUCAGUGCUGGGCCGGCGUAAAGGCAAGUCCGCCGACAAGAAAGAGGACCAGGAGCCGUCCAAGGCAAAAGACGAGAAUGGGGAUUUCGAAGGAACGCAGCCAUACUUUGCCAAUGGCAAGGACAGUAAUGGGAAAGACGCAUCGUCUGGUAAGAAGGAUGGAUGA